AUGCAUUUCUCAUCGCCUCUGCUCUUGAUCACUACGAGAGGACCUAGGUUAUGAAAAAGGAUCGAAGCCCAUGUGACCUGAACGCCCGACAUUUCAAGACUGUGGUUAAAGCCGGUACGGGGUUUUGAAAGUACCUUCUUGAGACCAGGGCCAUGACAGAUCAAGAGGCAGCAUUUCUGAGCAACACCCGGGCUGACUACGUCCAGUCCCAGAGGUUGUACAUACAUCUAGAGCCGCUACUCCAGUAUCGGCACAGCCAGCUAAGCCCCCGGCGUACCCAGGAUGGGCCAACCAGUAUCCGUCUCAGUCAACAUUGCACUCUCCGAGUAUGCAAAAUUGAACAGCAGUCACUUAUAGCAAGCAUAGGCCAAUUGUGAUAUAGUAUUUCCUCCAACUUCUUUCAUCCUUCCUUUCUGUUCCUUUUUCUCCC